AUUGGCGCCGCCCAGGCGGCGGAGGCGGGGACGGGGACGGCGGGGUAGCGACUAGGGUCCCACGUAGCAGAGAGGGAGGGCCUCUGUUGAUGCACCGUCGCCACCUCCGACGUGGCGUUGUCAGGCCCUUUUCGGCGUCCCACGUCUCUCAGCAGCGCCCGCUGCAUGCAGAGCCGGGGAGAACGAGCAUGCAAGACCACCUUGCGGCUCUUGUGUUGGAGUGUGACCGUAACGCCUCACGGCCCUUCAACGGCUGCAUCCGCGCUGCAGCCCUUACUGCAGUUGGGGCGGCCUUGUGGGCCCUCACGUUUGGCUGGAACGUCAGCAAACCCGUGAUGGAUGCCUAUGCGAGGACGCAGACAAAGGGCUCCUGGGAGCAGGAAGACGAAGAGGAAUGA